CGCAUUUAAACUGAAGAAGAAGAAGAAGCGCAGGAAGGGUAAACAGUGGGCCGGGAUAGACUCAACGCAUCAGAAAGCAAGAAGGACUACGGGAUUACAUUUUCAUUUUGCAUGAUCACACCAAGGAGCUACUUUUAAUAACAUUCCCCGUGUGUGCCAGGUGAGCCAAUACCAGCUGACAAGCCCACUGAUCAGCAAAAUGAGCAGCACAGGAACAGUGGAGAGUGGAAGACCUCCUAAGAUUGGAUCUGUAGUGGAGGUGAUAGGGAAGGGUCAGCGUGGUACUGUGGCCUAUAUUGGUGCCACCCUCUUUGCCUCGGGGAAAUGGGUCGGUGUCAUAUUGAAUGAGUCCACAGGCAAGAACAAUGGCACUGUUCAAGGGAAACGCUACUUUACCUGUGAGGACAACCACGGGAUAUUUGUCAGACAGUCUCAGCUCCAGGUGGUGGACGAUGGCUCCAGUGCCACCUCCCCUGAGACUCCUGAUUCAGGAACUGCAAAAGUACCAAGACAAAGAGAGAGCCCAGAGACUCCAAAAACAACCAAGCAGAUACCUGUGAAUGUUAAAAAGUCCUCUUCCCGCUACUCAGCCAAGUGGAAUACUCCAGGUCGACUCAUGCCUGCCACCUCCCUCCCUUCCCUCUUGAUACGUCCAUCUGGACGCCCCAGCCUGUCACCCAUGGCAUCUCGUGAGAGCCUGUCGUCCUCUGUGCUGGGUGAUGUCAGUGAAGCUGGACUGUCAUCCCACCAAGGUCCACUGGGAGCUCCUGUUAUGCCUCAGCCCAGUGUGUCGCCCUCAGCAGCAUCUCAGGGUCCUUCAACUCCGAGCAAGGUGGAACCUGUCGUUACCAAGCAGGAGGAGGAUUCAAUGCGAGCCCAGGUCAAGGACCUGGAGGAGAAGCUGGAAACACUGAAGAUGAAGAGGACAGAGGACAAGGCCAAACUGAAGGAGCUGGAGAAACACAAAAUCCAACUGGAGCAGCUUCAGGAGUGGAAGAACAAAAUGCAGGAGCAACAGACUGAUUUACAGAAACAACUCAAAGAGGCUAAGAAGGAAGCCCGUGAGGCACACGAGGCUAAGGAUCGUUACAUGGAAGAGAUGUCCGACACAGCAGACGCCAUUGAGAUGGCUACACUGGACAAAGAGAUGGCAGAAGAGCGUGCAGAGUCACUGCAGGUGGAGGUGGACACAUUGAAGGAGAAAGUUGAGGAGCUUUCCAUGGACCUGGAGAUCCUUAGACACGAGAUUUCAGAAAAAGGCUCAGAUGGAGCUGCCUCAAGUUACCACGUCAAACAGCUCGAGGAGCAGAAUUCUCGACUCAAAGAGGCCUUGGUUCGGAUGCGUGACCUGUCUUCUUCAGAGAAGCAGGAACACGUCAAGCUGCAGAAGCAGUCGGAGAAGAAAAACUCUGAGCUGGAGAUUCUGAGGACUCAAAAGGAAAAACUGCAGGAAGAGGUCAAGCAGGCGGAGUCCACUAUCGAUGAGCUGAAGGAACAGGUGGAUGCUGCCCUGGGGUCAGAGGAGAUGGUUGAAACCCUGACUGAGAGGAACCUUGACCUGGAGGAGAAAGUCAGAGAGCUGAGAGAAACCGUCACUGAUCUGGAGGCCAUAAACGAGAUGAAUGAUGAACUCCAGGAGAACGCCCGAGAAACAGAAAUGGAAAUCAGGGAGCAGUUGGACCUGAGUUCAGCAAAGGUCAGAGAGGCUGACAAAAGAGUGGAGGCUGCGCAGGAGACUGUUGCUGAUUACCAGCAGACCAUAAACAAAUACAGGGAUCUCACCACCAGGCUCCAGGACGCCAACAGAGAGCUGAUCAGCCAGCAGAAUACAAACGCUGAACAAGUUCAACAACCUCCUGCUGAGCUGUUUGAUUUCAAGAUCAAGUUUGCAGAGACCAAGGCCCAUGCCAAGGCCAUUGAGAUGGAGCUGAGGAAAAUGGAAGUUGCUCAGUCCAACAGACAGGUGUCUCUACUCACCUCUUUCAUGCCGGACUCCUUCCUCCGUCAUGGUGGAGAUCACGACUGCAUUCUGGUCCUUCUGCUCAUUCCCAGGCUCAUCUGUAAGGCUGAUCUUAUCAGUAAACAAGCCCAGGAAAAGUUCGACCUGAAUGGGAACAUGGCUCAAGGGUCUGGACUUAGGGGGCCUCCUGGAGAACAGCGCAGUUUUGCCUCAGGACUGGUGUACUCGCUGAGCUUGCUGCAAGCCACUCUCCACAAAUAUGAACAGGCUAUGACUAACUGCAGUGUGGAGGUUUUCAAACGUAUGGGUACGCUCUACACCGAAAUGAGCUUCCAUGAGCGCUCGCUGGAUUAUUUCAUUGACCUGCUGCAUAAAGAUCAGCUUGAUGAGACCGUGCAGGUUGAACCUCUGACAAAGGCAAUCAAGUACUAUCAGCAACUGUAUGGGGUCCAUCUGGCAGAUCACCCUGAAGACUGCACCGUGCAGCUGGCUGACCACAUAAGAUUUACCCAGAGCGCCCUGGACUGCAUGGGAGUGGAGGCAGCUCGUCUGCGAUCGUUCCUGACAGCAGGUCAGGAGAGCUCUGGCUUCAGUGUUCUUCUGAAAGACCUGGACACGUCCUGCUCUGACGUUAAACAGUUCUGCAAAAAGAUCCGCCGUCGCAUGCCUGGGACAGAUGUAGUGGGAGUACCCGCAGCAUUAAACUUUGGACCACAGGUGUCGGAGGCUCUGACAGAGUGCAGGCGCCAGCAGACCCGAGUGGUGGCUGUGCUGCAGGAGGUGGCAGCAGCAGGAGCUCAGAUGAUUGCUCCGCUAGCAGAACAGGAGGGGCUUAACGCUCUGAAAAUGGAAGAUAUCGCCUGCAGAGCCGUGGAACAGGUGUACGGCGCUCAUGGUGUCAAUGGUCUAGACUCUCUCCGUCAGUCAUGCAGUUCUGUCAUUACUACCAUGAACAAGAUGGCCACUGCCAUGCAGGAAGGAGAGUAUGAUGCUGACAGGCUACCAAGCAAGACUCCUCCAGUGGAGGUCCGAGCAUCCAUGGUCAGGGCGGAGAUGACGGACGCUGAGGGUCUAGGAGUGAAAUUAGAAGAUAGAGAAACUGUUAUCAAGGAGGUGAAGAGGUCCCUCAAAAUCAAGGGAGAGGAACUGAGCGAGGCCAAUGUGCGACUGAGUCUGUUAGAGAAGAAACUGGACACCUCCACCAAAGACGCGGAUGAACGGGUGGAGAAAAUCCAGACCAAACUGGACGAGAACCUCACCCUGCUGAAGAAGAAAGAAAAGGAGUUCGAGGAGACGAUGGAUGCUCUUCAGGCCGAUAUCGACCAGUUGGAGGCAGAGAAGGCGGAGCUGAAACUACGCAUGAAUAAUCAAUCUAAGAUGACCAUUGAAGGGCUUAGAGGCUCACCAUCCUCUGGGAUUGCCUCCAUUGUUCAGGGUUCUGCAGGAGCUGGUUUCCCCCAGUCCCUGGUGGGACCAGUCGAGGUGGUGGACUCUCCUCUCCUCAGGCAGCAGGUUGAGGCCCAGAGACUGGGUAUUAAACAGCUGAAGAAUGAAAACAACAGACUGAAGGCUGAAAAGAUGAGAGCCCAGCUGGCCUCCCUGCCUCCACUCUGCCCUCCCAAACUACCACAGCUGUCCAAAGAGAGCUCCAUGCCACCAGACGGACUGAACACAGGCAUCUACCGCAGGACUGACCAACUGCUGGCAACACUUCUCAAGCUCUGUGCAGAAGUCAAAGUGGUCGACGUCACCGGAAAAACAUCAAUCAGUGCCAGUGCCCAGCUGCUGGAGCAGACUGCUCGUCUACAGAACCUCAGUGAUGCCCUGGUUAAACUCAAGGGAGAGGUCGCCGAACAUGUGGUCUCAUACCAGCCUGGUGCAAAAGCUUCCUCUGACUUUGCCACCUUUCCAGUCUCGUCCUUUGUUAAGGCCAAGGAAGAAAAGCAGGGAGGAACAGUGUUUGUUGGUCGUGUUGCUAUCCCCUGCGUCCGUGGACAGGAGCAAGUCCACCAGCUGGUCCUGUCUCAGCAGCAGCUGCAGAGAGUGCACGGCCUGUUGAUGGCCUGAGACCACAAACCUUUGGAGCAAAGCCAUGAUCGACCACACACAAGAAGAAAAGCUUUCCUUCCUUUUUAUUCCAGCUUCCACUUCAACACUCUUCAGUAUCUAUAUCUAUCAAUUUCUCUUUGUACUUGUCUCAAGAAACUGUUUCUAAUAUUUGCAAUGUUUCUACUUUGACACUAUUAAACCUGAAGCACCUGUUGACU